AUGAUAUCAAUUACUACAAGUUGGUUGGCUCGUAAGCACACAAUCGUUCAAAUUCGUCACUUUCAUCAACACUUGAAGUAUUCACAAAAUCCAACUCAACAUUAUGCUUCUCUUCUCCAAUCUUGCAUUGGUCGAAAAGCAGUUGAGCCUGGAAAGCAGCUCCAUGCGCAUCUAUGCCUCACGGGUUUAGGCUACAACAUCAAUUUAGCAACAAAGCUUGUUAAUCUUUAUUGCGUUUGUGACAAAUUGCCGAAUGCCCAUCACCUGUUUGAUAGAAUUCCUAAAGGAAAUAUUUUUCUUUGGAAUGUUUUGAUUCGUGGGUAUGCUUGGAAUGGACCGUACGAGGCUGCAAUUUCUCUGUAUUAUCAAAUGAUUGAUUAUGGGCAUGUGCCUGAUAAUUUUACUUUUCCGUUUGUACUUAAAGCGUGCUCGGCCUUGUCUGCGAUUGAAGUGGGGAAGGAUAUACAUGAAUAUGCCAAGAGAACGAAGUGGGAUAAGGAUGUUUUCGUGGGUGCUGCUCUUAUUGAUAUGUAUGCUAAAUGUGGUUGUGUUGGUAGGUCGAGGGAGGUGUUUGAGGAUGUCGUUGAGAGGGAUGUAGUUGUUUGGAAUUCAAUGCUUGCUGCUUACUCGCAAAAUGGUCACCCUGAGGAUUGUUUGUCGUUAUGUGGUGAAAUGGCAUGUGGAGGUGUUAGACCCACAGAGGCGACCUUGGUGACUGCAAUUUCUGCUUCUGCUGAUGUUGCAGCUCUUCGACAGGGAAGGGAGCUUCAUGGGUAUAGUUGGAGACAGGGUUUUGACUCUCUUGACAAAGUGAAGACAGCACUUGUGGAUAUGUAUGCCAAGAGUGGGUCUGUGAAAGUUGCUAGGAUUUUGUUCGAAGGACUCCAGGAGAAAAGAGUUGUUUCUUGGAAUGCUAUGAUCACUGGAUAUGCAAUGCAUGGUCAUGCUAAUGCAGCACUUGGCCUGUUUAAUGAGAUGGUUGGCAAAGCUAAGCCGGAUCAUAUAACUUUUGUAGGUGUUUUAUCAGCUUGUAAUCAUGGAGGUCUGUUGAGUGAAGGGAGGAUGUAUUUUGACUCAAUGGCAAAAGAUUAUGGAAUUGAACCAACUAUUCAGCACACUACAUGCAUGGUUGAUCUCCUAGGUCAUUCUGGUCGCUUAGAUGAGGCUUAUGGACUUAUAACGCAGAUGAAAGUUAUGCCGGAUGCUGGUGUCUGGGGUGCAUUUCUUAAUUCAUGUAAAAUCCAUGGUUAUGUGGAAUUUGCAGAAUUGGCAUUAGAGAGGUUGAUUGAGCUUGAGCCUGAUGAUGCAGGCAAUUAUGUGAUCCUUUCAAAUAUUUAUGCCCAAGCAGGUAGAUGGGAAGGUGUUGCAAAGCUUAGAGAACUAAUGAACGAAAGAGGUGUAAAGAAAACCACCGCGUAUAGUUGGAUUGAAGUUAAAAACAAAGUACAUGCAUUUCUCUCUGGGGAUACAUCUCAUCCUAUGUCUGACGAGAUUUAUGCAGAGCUACAGAGCUUAGGAGCACGAAUGGUACAGGCUGGCUAUGUCCCAAACAUUAUGCCUGUUUUCCAUGAUGUGGAAGAUGACGAGAAGAGCAGAAUGGUGUGCAGCCACAGUGAAAGGCUAGCGAUUGCUUUUGGACUAAUUAGUACACCCCCAGGGACAAAGCUGUUGAUCACCAAGAACCUCCGAGUUUGCGAGGACUGUCAUGUUGCAAUCAAGUUUAUCUCAAAGUUAACAGAGAGAGAAAUCACUAUCAGAGAUGUCAAUCGCUAUCAUCAUUUCAAAGAUGGCAUCUGUUCUUGUGGAGAUUAUUGGUGAAAUGGGUUCAGGAAUUUCAGUGUCUACUAGGGUGAUGAGAAAUCAAUUGCUUCUUGAAGAAGAAUUGGCUCAUCUAACUGAGUAAAAGUGUAAAUCAUGAUUGUUUUGUCAAAAAGCAAUAACUCCUUAAAUGUGACCAUGUUCUUGUUCUCAAAAGAAGCAGCUCCAAUUGGUUUCAGCAAAGAGAUAUUGGGUUUUGCCAAUGUAAAGUGCAAUCUUGUAAGGGCCAUGAUAAGAUGUGGAAGAGAACUCGAAUUCAUUCCUGCAAUUAAUCUCUGUCGCCACUCCUCACUACACGUCAAACAUCAUCUACUCUUGCAGAUCAUACAUAGAUUCGCCAUGCAGCUUCAGAAAUACAUCUUUAUAUGAGACAGUUAAUGACCUUACCCUUGGUGUAUCUCAGUUGUGAAUUACAUUGAGAAUUCGAAACUGCAGCCAACUCGUAUGCGGACAUGUUUUUAAUAGGUUUGCUGAUUUUUGUCAUGCAUAGGAUAGAGACCACAUGGUCAAAUGGUAAAAUGGCCAUAUGGUCAAAAGACCAAUUCUUCUAUAUUCUCAUCUAAAGUAUUCAUCUCAACAGUUGGUCAUGACCGAAAGACUAUAUACUUUGAAUAACAUCUCCAGUCUCCAAGCAAACCACUGGCCAUGUUAUUUAGCAUUAGCUACUAAAUCAGGUAUUAUUUGUUCAGCACAAUUUCCUUCUUUUUUUUCCCUUGGCAUAAAGAUCGAUACAUUUUUAUA